GUUGUCAUUGUCGUGAGCAGAUUGAGUAUUGUAUGAAUAGUCAAACGAGUACGGGCAGCAUUUGUUUAUGUUUUUGUUUUCCCUUCGCAGCCUCAGCCGGGUAACUUUGAGUCCGUCGCCCGGUCAACCGCAGCGCAUCACCGACUUACGUCACCAUAUUAAUUUACCCGGACUAUAUCACGUGUUUUAGAGGGGCCGCGUUCGAGGCAGAUGGUGAAGGUACGUGUUCAAAUCGCGCUCGAGCCAGAGAAGGAGCCUAUUCGAUCAACAGAUUCUCGCAGGAUUCGCGGACAAUUGGUUUAGAAAACAGUUCAAAAGAAGGACCUCCACAGUAUGCGGACGAUUCAAUUCUGUGUUUUGCUUUUGGCGGCGCUUUUUGCGUGCGUCGUGAGUGCCGCGCCGGAAAGGGACUCGACAUAUAUGGACAAGCUGCUCAAGUCGAGCUCGAUAAACCCAGGCCUGAUCCGGCUGACGGACAAGAACUUUGGCGACGUGAUUUCCGCGCCGCGAGACUAUGCUGUCGUUGUCUUGCUCACGGCCGAGUCGCCGUCAAUGGGAUGCCAGCUGUGCCGGCAAUUCGCACCGGAUUACCAUCUCGUUGCGCAGUCGUGGAGUAAGGAACACCCCAAGUCGGGCGACGGGUUGUAUUUUGCCGUGCUGGAUUUCGUGGACGGACAGCGGACGUUCCAGAGCUUGGGAUUGAAGACUGCGCCGAAUGUGUGGUUGUAUGGACCUACUGUUGGUGAGAACGCUGGGCCUGCGGCUCCUAUUGUCUACGAGAUUCAUGGAGUGGUUGACAUGCCUGGCUCAGUUGCUCGGUUCAUUGAGUCCCACGUCCCUGGAGUAGGCAUCACGAUCUACAAACCAAGAGAUUACAGCAAGAUCGGCCAGGCCGUCACCGGCCUCGUUGCCAUCGGCCUCUUCAUCCGCUACCUCUACCCGAUCCUCAAGCCCUUCUUUGAAUCGCGCACUCUCUGGGCGGGUAUCUCUCUCGUCGCAAUCUUGAUGUUCACCUCCGGCCACAUGUUCAACAACAUCCGUCACACGCCCUAUGUCGCGGGAAACAAGGAAGGAGGAGUAUCCUACGUCGCCCCAGGUUUCCAGCAGCAGUACGGUUUCGAGACGCAGGUUGUAGCCGUGCUCUAUGCGUUCCUUGCCUUUGGCGCGAUCUCCCUCUCGAUCAAGACGCCGAGAAUUAAGGAUAGCACAAGACAGCUGUUGUCGGUCUUGACGUGGGCGACGAUCAUCUGGUGCUUGUUUAGCGCGCUGAUGUUUGUGUUUCGGAUGAAGAAUCCUGGAUAUCCGCUUUCACUUCCUCCGAUGACAAAGUGAAUGUUACUUAGAUCCUAAAAUAAGAAAAUAGAACCUCUUUAUAA